AUGACCGCCCAAGCUUACGACCAACAGCUUUCGAUUUUAUCAUUUGGUCUCAUGGCAAAUCUUGGUAUAGCAGGUGCCAAAAUUGGUGGUGGUUGGGUGUUACACAGUCAGUCGUUGAGGGCCGAUGGCUUCCAUUCACUCGCAGACUCAAUCUCUGAUCUGGCCGCGAUGAGUGUCUUGCUUAUGGAUUCCUUCAAUCUUUCUUCGCGCUUCUCAUCUAUCCACGUGAAAGUAGAGAGUGUUGGAGGCAUUAUCAUUGGACUCAUGGUACUGAUGGGCGGAAUAUUUUUGGCCAAGGAGGCCAUUACACUAGCCCCAACUGCCCAUGUCACUGUCAACCCCCAUGCCAUUUGGUUCUCUUUGGCGUCCAUUUUGAUCAAGGAGAUAUUAUACGCCAAGACAAUGGAAGUUGCUCGACAAACAAAGUCCGCGGCUCUCGCCGCGAGCGCUGCCCACCACAGGCUGGACUCGUUCUCUAGCCUUUUGUCACUGGUUUCUAUCAUGGUUGGAUAUUUCAAUACUUCGUCUCGGAUCUUUGAUGCGGUUUGUGCAGGGUUUCUAUCGAUCUUAGUGAUCAAGGAAGCCCUGGAAGUACUGUACAAAAGUGCGGAAGAUGUGUUUCGAGCUGCGACAAGAUUAGAUUACGCGAAAAACCACUAG